AUGGUUGCUACCGGAGGGCCUUCUCCCCCCAGUCUAGAAUCACUGCUUUCGAUCUGGCCUAUUGCCAACACCUUCAGCCAAUAUUUGCCCGUGGGCGAUCUCAUUACUCUGGCUCGGCUGAAUGUUACCCUGCGGUCUGUGCUUCACGGCUUCGAAAUACCUGAGGACCCCUCGGUACCGGAGGACUCUCGUAUUGUCCGGACGGAACUGAACAUUGGCCAUCACGCAACACCCUACUGGCAGCGUCUCAAAGAUCAGUCCCCUUUCGAAUGCUCUUCCGACAUCCACACGAAAGGUCCCCGACCGAGGCCUUGUCGGUACUGCUCGAGACCUAUUUGCGAUGCUUGCAUUGUCCGCUCCUCCUUCGCCCGAGGCCAUGAGCAUACGUUCCAGAACAGGGUCCGGCAUCUAUGCAAGAAAUGCUGGAGCUCGGGCAACUCAAGCAGAACGCAACGCUUCCCACUCGCUGCCCCUUCAGAGACGACGACGACGUCGUCAUCGUCGUCGUCGAAGAGGAAAUGGUAUGAUCCUGAAGACAGCACGAGAGAUUACUGCGUCUGUACUCUCAAAGAGCACGGGCUGCUCUGUAUUGAGUGCAAAGACGCCCAGAACUGGGAGGCCAUAUCCUCUGCCGACACCCAGUGUCACGGCCAAGACUGCACAGAAACCCUGGACGAGGACGACAAAGACCGAAGAAGGAUCUGCCUCUGGUGCGACAAAGCCCUACCCCGGCAAAUCGGCGGUACAACUCGAUACUACUGGAACCAGAAGUUGAUCGAAGCGAGGGCUCGAAACGCUGCGUCACGUCAGGCAGACAUCGAGGAAUACAACCGGAAACGAUUGAAGCUGAUGAGGAUGUCACGCAGAGAGAUGCGGGGCGACGACGCUGUCGAGGGCGACCCAGACGCAGACCUCCCGCAGUUCGUCAGGCAUCUUGACACCAUCAACUAUCGAAGCUACAUGUCUCAGUCUGCGGCACCGAGCGGUGACGCCGUUUACGGCUCCAAGAGAGGCUACUGGAGGUACAGCAGGGAGUUCCUUCUAGAGAUGAGGCGACGGUGUCGAAGGGUCCCUGUACCCAAGCAAUUGGACACUUCUGACAAUAUCGAAGGCGGAUGCCUGAAGUUCGCACGGACCAAUUCAGAGAAGAGAGAGGACUUAAAGACCCUGAUAGAGGCGAUUCCUCGCUGGUCACACAGGCGCUUGAGACUGUGGUGCACGCUCAAAGCCAUCAUCCUUGAGCACCUCCUUGUGGAGAGACUUAGCUAUGGAGCCACCCAGCGCAUCAUGCAUGUUGAGUACGGGCUUGACGCCAGUGUGGAACAAUUCCACAAAGUGAUGUGUGUCUGGAAUGCCCAGGAUGCAGUCCGGGAGCACCGACGAAAGUCGCUGGAUCGAGAAGCUGAAGAAGCGGGGAGCGGCAGAGCACCCACCCUCCCUCGGUGGGUGCGCCACGCCAGAUCCAGAGGCACAGUCCUCCACGCCGAAAACAGCGGGGGCUCGAGGCCAGGGAGUCCGCCAGAGGUUCCAGAGAACGGGGAACCGGCGGGCGACUAUGGGCUGGAGAGUUUGUCGGGAGGGAGCGCCACGAACUCGAGGCAGGCACAACCCUCUAACUCAGACGACAAAACCACCGUCGCUAUAGAAGGAGGAGACGGCGGUGAGUCGGACUUGACUGAUCAGCUUCCGUCAGGCCUGGGAACGCCUGAACAGGAUGAGGCCAAGUCGGCCUGCCAGAAGAGCCCCGACAGGCAAGACAGCGGAGAGUCGUCGCUAGCUCAGGCAAACGCCCACAAGGCAUACUCCUCUCACUCAGGCGACGAAAUCACCUUUGCAGCAGCAGCAGGAGGAUCAGGAGGCGAUGGCGGCGGGGUGGAGUUCACUGACCAUCAGCUCCGGCCCCAGCCGUCUAUCCUUAAACAAGAAGUGGCCGAGGGAAGUUUGCGCAAGGAGAGGAGGAGGCGGGACCGAGAAGGAGAAUCGUCACCAGAUCAGGCGGACGCCCACGCAUCAUCAUCAUCAUCAUCAUCAUCGCCGCCGCUGUCGUCGUCGUCAUCGUCACAAGGAGCGCAGGCACGUACCGUGUCCGUCCCUGAGCCAUCACCUGAUGACAACGAUCAACAACAACAACAACAACACAAUGAUGAUGGCCGCAUGCCAUCCGGCGGUGCAGCCCGUGCGGCGCCUGUGCAAGUACAAGAAGAAGAAGGAGGAGAAGGAACGUUUCCGGACACGUCAGUCGAAGUUGCAGGUGCAGGUGAGGUUGGCUCCCUGCCACACCGCGCGGAAGACGAUGGUGUCGAGGAGGACGAGCAGCCGCCGCCAUACACUCCCAACGGGUGGGUGUGGUCUUAA